AUGGUGGCCCGUAUUGCCCGGCUCCGCAUGCGCCCCCCGGCUGACUUCGAUCACGUACGAGCAGAAUCUGAGCUCACCAGGACCAGCGACGAGUUCCGCGAAGCCAAGAGACAGCUAAAACUGGCUAUACUGCAGAGCAAAAAGAGAUGCUGGAAGGAGCUCAUCUCCUCAGUAGACGCGGACCCGUUUGGAAAACCUUACAAACUGGUAAUGAGGAAGCUGAGGGGACCUCCAGCGACAGCCUCGAUGGAGAUGCAGACACUGAGAAAUGUUAUCGGAACGCUGUUCCCAACAAACCCAACCAGCAGUUAUAGGGACCUGCCCACCUCUGAACCCCCAGUCCCUUUCUCCACGGACGAGGUUAAUGCGGCAGUCGAAAGGGCACGUAGCAAGAAUAAGGCACCAGGGCCUGACUGCAUCAACAGCAGAAUCCUAGCGGCAGUACACAAAGCCGACCAGCGCAUCCUAGUGGAACUUUUCAACAAAUGCCUUCACCAAGGAACCUUCCCGCUGGAGUGGAAAUCUUCCCGGAUUGUUCUCUUAAGGAAGGGCAUCAAACCUGAGGGUGUCCCGUCAUCCUAUCGCCCGCUCUGUCUCCUGAAUGACGUGGGGAAGAUGUUGGAGUUCCUUCUGACCCGCAGGCUGGAUGACCACAUUACCUCGAUGGGCAACCUGUCGCCGAACCAGUACGGCUUCCGGAAAAAACUGUCAACUGAUGACGCGGUGCGCACACUACACUUUGCCAUCGUUAACGAAGUAAACGAUGGAAAAUUUUGCCUUGCGAUCAGCCUCGAUAUAAAGAACGCAUUUAACACCAUCAAAUGGCCGGAUAUAAUGGCAGCAUUGGCGAGCUGGAACGUCCCUUCCUACUUGCGCCGAAUGUUCCAGUCUUACUUCACGAGCAGGGCUGGAACGGUUUCCACCAGCUGCGGAAGCAUGGAGGUCGAAAUAUCUGGAGGCGUACCCCAGGGAUCCGUCGUUGGUCCCCUCCUCUGGAAUGCUACGUUCGACGAUGUCCUCAGAUUGCCUCUACCCCAGGGAGCGAAGUUGCUUGGAUUCGCGGAUGACACAAUGUUGAUGGUCUCGGCCAAGACUAUUGCCCAGUUGGAAACACUGGCUAACAAUGCUCUGCAGCUUGUAGUGGGCCGCAUCACAAACCUCAGCCUGCAGAUUGCAGCGGACAAGACCGAGGCUGUACUACUCACUUUGAAGUACAAGUAUGAGACACCAAUAAUCAAGAUCGAUGGGAAGACAAUACCGAUUACGAAAAAAAUGACAUACCUCGGUAUAAUCAUUGACAGUUCCCUGUUCUUUAAGGAACACUUGAAGGCGGCAUCUGCAAAGGCGGAAAUGAUCGCCACGCAGUUGUCAAGGAUCAUGCCGAACGUGGGCGGUCCGCGGGAGGACAGGCGCCGUUUGCUGUCUUCGGUCGUCCACUCAGUGCUGUUAUACGGCGCACCGUCUUGGGCACAUACCCUCGACCUGAUCCCUGGCAAUGUGAAGCUGCUUAACCAAACUCAACGGAAGAUACUUCUCCGCCGCACCUGUGCCUAUAUAACGGUUUCAGGUGCAGCGGUGAACGUGCUGGCGUCAACUCCACCAGCUGACCUAUUGGCUAGAGAACGUGAGACCGAGUUCCUAGCAAGACGAGGGGGGCGAAUUGUUGCAACCAAAGAAGAAACCAGAAAAGUAACUAUCGCAAAAUGGCAGGCGAGAUGGGAUGCAGUGAAGGCGGAUGACCCCGGAAGCUGGACGAGGAGACUCAUCCCCGACUUGGCGACAUGGUGUUCGAGAGGAUUCGGCCUGGUCGAUUUCCAUUUGACCCAAUUUCUCUCCGGUCAUGGUUGCUUCGGGUUUUACCUCUGCAGGAUCCGGAAAGUAGAGCAGCCGCACUGUGUCGACUGCAAUGACCCUCUAGACAACGCCGAGCAUGCGGUAUUCAAUUGCGACAGGUGGUGGCGUGCACGGGCUGAGCUGGAAGCCGAACUGUCAGUCGAAUUCACUGCAGAAACCGCCAUCACAGUGAUGCUGAAAUCAAGGAGCCACUGGGCUUCAGUGGCCAAACUCGUACACACUAUCCUGUCCACCAGAGAGAAGGAGGAACGAGAGAGACAGCGUGAACAAGCAGCGGUAAUUUAA